UGUCCGCUUAUCAUUGUGGAUCUAGUUCAGCACUUACUGCUGGGUGGAACAUUUCUGCCUCCCUUUGGUUCCCUGGGGAAUGUUUUGAUCAGCAGGAUUACAAGACCACUCCUUCUUCCUGUCUUAGAAAGAAAGCCUUUUCCUGUAUCUCAGAUGCCACAUGUUAGCUGUCUGCAUAGGAUUUCAUGGAAGAUGUCUGCAGAAAAUCCCUAAAGCUUAAAGUUUGUACCCCCCUUGGCAAGUGGAUCGAGUUUUCACGGUGCUAUGGUGCUAUGGUGCUAUGGUGCUAUGGUGCUAUGGUGCUUACGAUAUUCAUGUUUACGGUGCUCAAGGAGAUAAAGAAAAUAAUAUUCAACCCUGCUGCGCACCUUUGUUCCGAAAGAAUAAAACUACUGCACCCGUCAGAAGCUCUCCUCUUGUUAUUUAUUCGAUGCCAAAGGGGCCGUAACAGUGAAAACUCGUCGCUGCGGUGGAGACUCGACAUCACCAGCUGCGUCACUGUCUUCAUCGAACUGUGAGUAAAGGCUUCCCAACGCCUCGCAAGACACGUGCGGACGCCAUCUUGGCAACAGAGACUUGGCUAAAAAAGUAAACGUGUCACGUGGACUUUUAAAUAUAGCGGACUCUUUAUAUGUGAUCCGGAAGCCGCCCUUAACUACUAUGCGAGCCAAAUAGUUAAUAUUUUGCUAAACCAGUGAUCAAGUUAUUAUAUUCGUGUUUAGAGGCCUAGUGUCAGAUUUAAAGCAACGCUAUCUUCCAAGUUCCUAAUCCACUAAACUGCAGUUAUUUACGUAAAGGGUUAAUUGUCUGGUUAGAAAGUGUCAGCAGUAUAUUCGUUUAAAACAUUUUGUAGUACUGUAUGCAUUGUUUGCUAAUCUUUAGUUACAAGUGUGAACACCUGUUAUCUGUCGUAGCCCUUAGUAGCAAGUUUGAGCCAACACUCAUUCAAGUUAGGUUUCAGGCACACUCACACUUGAAAGGCAAAGGCACACUAGAACAAAAUGUUGUCACCUGCUGAAGAAACAGACAAACCCACAGAGUCACAACAGGUACGAUCCAGCUCUAGAGAGCGAAGCCUAACAGAAAAGGGCAAAGAAAUGCACGAAGAAACAGUUAAGAAAAAUGAAAAGGCAUUCAACAAGGUGUGCAACUCUUGGAAGGAGCUAGCAAAGGAAUGUAGGACAAAGUUAAAAGGUUUCUGCUCAACUGAAGACUUUAAUACAAGAUUGAAAGAGAUUAAAGCCAAAGAAGCGUUAGUGCACCAACAGUAUGAGUCCAUGUGCCGAACUAAUUCCACUACCCCGUACGUUGUUAAGAAAAUGGAUGCAUGCACCGCGUUAACGGCUGAAAUCUGCAACCUCAUCAGCAAGCGGCUAGAGAAUGUAGAUGAAAUCUUUAACGAUCAACUUGAGAAGGAAAGGGUGAGGAUGGUGCUUAAUAAAGAAGAGCAUGAGUCAGUCUUUGGAAACUCAGAAACAGAAACUGUCCUCUCAGAGUCAUUACCAGACUCCAACGCAAGCUCAAGAGCCACUUCCAGAUCUAGCAAACGCGCUGACGCAGAAGCAGAUCUUGCAGCCAAAAUAGAACAGGCAAAGGCGACGCAACAGAUGCGCGAGGAGCAAGCUAAGCUGAACAAACUAGAGGCAGAAAUUAAACUGAAGUUGGAUGAGGAAAAGACAAGACUACAACAGCUACAAGCAGAAAAUGAAGUCAAGGUAGCUGCAGCAAGAGUGAAAGCCUACAACGCUUAUGAUAGUCUUGAAAUUUACGAACAGGAGACAGACCACAAUGUGCAAUACCUCUGCCAAAAUAAUGAACCACGAAACUCAUUGAAUCCAAAGGCUGUGCCAUUUCAACCUUCAAAUACACCACUUGGGGUGCCAAGACCAAAUGAAGAAGUUAGUCUAACCCCAGGACUUGCAAGUCUGCUUAUCUCCAACCGUCUCCCUAUACCUGAACCAACUGUAUUCACAGGUGAUCCUUUGAAGUUCAUAGAUUGGAAGAUAUCCUUUAUGGCGCUGAUUGAUCAGAAACCACUCCCUGUGUGCGAAAAAAUGCUGUACUUGAAGAGGUAUCUAGGUGGUGAAGCUCGUAAGGCAGUGGAAGGGUUCUUCUACCGAAAUUCAGAAGAUGCCUAUCUAGGUGCUUGGGGAAUCCUACAGGACAGGUAUGGAGGUCCAUUCAUAGUGCAAAGAGCCUUCAGAGAAAGGUUGGCUAAAUGGCCAAAGAUAUCAGCAAAUGACCCUGUAGCAUUAAGAGAGUUUGCAGAUUUCCUUCAAGGUUGUGUGGAGGCCAUUCCUCAUGUUAAAGGCCUAGCUAUUCUAAAUGAUUGUGAAGAAAACCACAAGCUUCUCAAGAAACUGCCUGAAUGGAUCGUGCGCAGAUGGGGUCGCAUCGCCGUGGACGAGCUGGACAAGUCCCAAGAAUACCCAACCUUUGCUCGUUUCACAGAGUUCCUGCAAAGGGAAGCUAAGAUUGCAUGCAACCCCAUUGCCUCUCCUUUUCUCCUCAGUACCAAGACUACAGAUGAGAGAAUUCCCAAGAGAGCCAAGGCGCUCAACACAAGCACUCAAAUGAAGCCCUCUACCUUCAAUGUUCCAAAUAUCUCAGCUUCAAGACCGAAACCACCUUGCCUAGUCUGCAAAGACGAAACACACGGUGUCGCUAAAUGUCUGACUUUUGCGGCAAAGACCAUCGAUGAAAAGAGGGCCUUUAUUCACGAAAACCAUCUCUGUUUUGGUUGCUUAAGAAAGGGCCACACUACAAAAGACUGCAAAGGAAGACACACGUGUAGCAUAUGCAGUCGACGUCAUCCAACCUGUUUGCACAUACAGAGAGACACUGAGCCUGUCAAGGCAUCAAACGAUGAUUCAGUAGGCAUGAGAAAUAAGGCAAACGACAACGUUCCCAAAGUUAUGUCCCAUACUUUGACAAGACAUACGUCUGCCACAUCCUGCAUUGUUCCAGUUCUGUUGUCAGCUACUACGGAGCCUCAGAGGGAAAUCCUCACUUAUGCCUUACUUGACACACAGAGUGAUUCAACCUUUAUUCUGGCAGACCUGGUAUCGAAGUUAAGUGUGAGCACCAAGCCAUUACAGCUAAGGCUCAGCACAAUGACAGCGGUUGACACAGUUAUUUCAAGCCAAAUUGCUCACGGUCUACAAGUGCGUGGCUUCAACUCCGAAGUUCAAGUCCAACUCCGUCAAGCCUAUACAAGAGAUUUCAUUCCAGUAGAUAAGUCUCACAUCCCCACUAAGGAGACUGCACUCCAGUGGUCACACCUCAAACACUUGGCAAACAAGUUACAGCCACUUCAAGAUUGCGAAGUAGGACUUCUGAUCGGUUAUGACUGCCCAUCAGCACUGGCUCCCUUGGAGGUUGUUAUCGGCUCCGAAAAUGAACCCUUCGCUCAAAAAACUAUGCUCGGCUGGAGCAUUGUAGGAUCAGCAAAUCCACAUCUUGAUAGACAGGGUAGCCAGAGCUUCGUACACAGAGUCGCAGUGAAAGAAAUGCCAAUGCCGCCGGUCGCUGAUGUGUUAAAGGCUUUAGAAAUGGACUUCAUUGAAAGAAAUUAUGAAGAUAAGUACGUGUCUCAAGAUGAUGUUCGCUUCGUGCAGUUUCUCUCGGAAACUAUAAUGAAAAGGAAAGAUGGACACUACGAGAUGCCGUUACCCUUCAAAGACAACAGUCAACUGGCACUACCAAACAAUAAGAGGCUGGCCCUUAUUCGACUUCAUCAUCUAAAGAAAAGAUUAAAGGGAAAUAGACAGUACCAUGAACACUACACUGCAUUCAUGGAAGAAACAAUCAGAAAAGGUGAUGCAGAACCAGCCCCUUCAUUAUCAGAGGAAGAGACAGUGUGGUACAUCCCACAUCACGGGGUUUAUCACCCCAAGAAGCCAGACAAGUUAAGAGUUGUCUUUGAUUGUUCAGCAAAGUUCAAAGGCAUCUCCCUAAACGAUACCUUGCUGACAGGUCCCGACCUGAUAAACUCUCUAGUGGGAGUCCUCUGUCGCUUCAGGAAGGAAGCAGUUGCUGUGAUAUGCGACAUUGAAAAGAUGUUCCAUCAGUUCUAUAUCCCCUCAGAAAUGCGCAAUUACUUAAGGUUCCUUUGGUGGGAGAACGGUCAGUUGGAAACAGAACCGAAAGAAUACAGAAUGGCAGUUCACCUUUUCGGUGCCAGCUCCUCUCCAGGAUGUGCCAAUUUCGGCCUUAAGUAUCUUGCACGACAACACAAGUCAGAACAUCCCUCAGCAUCAGCCUUCAUCGAGAAGAACUUUUAUGUCGACGACGGCCUAACUAGCGUUCCAACAGUCAGCGAAGCUUCAAAUCUAAUCCUCGAAACUCAAGGAUUAUGUAAAAAUGCUGGCCUACGACUGCAUAAGUUCAACUCUAAUAAAAGGGACGUCCUGUCCUGUAUAGCUCCGUCAGAAAGAGCAACAACUAGUGUACCUGUCAAACUUAGCCCAGACUCAACAACAGAAGGACAAGUACUUGGCAUUCAGUGGUCAAUUGAAAACGACACCUUCAGUUUCAGUGCUGACAUAAAGGAUCAACCCUCAACUCGUCGUGGUAUCCUGUCAGUCGUAGCCUCCCUUUAUGAUCCUCUAGGCUUCAUAGCCCCCUUCAUACUGAGUGGCAAGUGCAUUCUCCAAGAGCUUUGCCGCAGAGGCAUCAGUUGGGAUGAAGCACUUCCUGAGAGCUUAUGUCCACGGUGGGAGGCUUGGAAGAGUAGUCUGCAAGCUUUAAGGGAAAUCAAGAUACCCAGAUGUUACCAUCCCCCAGACUUUGGUAACAGAAUGAAAGUGGAACUACACCACUUUUCCGAUGCCAGCAACAUAGGAUAUGGUGCCUGUUCGUACCUUAGGUACAAAAAUGACAGAGAUCAAGUCCAUUGCAGCUUCGUAAUGGCCAAGGCAAGAGUUGCACCAACGAAGAUUGUGAGCAUCCCAAGGCUUGAACUCUCAGCUGCCGUCACUGCAGCAAGGUUGAGUGUCAUGUUGAAGGCAGAACUUGAAAUAGAAGUUGACAAAGAGUUCUUCUGGACAGACUCCCAAGUAGUCUUAGCCUAUAUCAAUAACGAAGCAAGAAGGUUUCACGUGUUUGUAGCCAAUCGUGUUCAACUCAUAAGAGAGAUUACAGAUCCAACCCAGUGGCAUUAUGUGGAUACGACACAAAACCCAGCCGACCAUGCAUCCAGGGGUCUACAUGUAGCGGAUAUCUCCACCUCAAGUUGGUUAUCUGGGCCUAGUUUCCUUUGGAGAUCUGAAGUGCACGCAUCUUCAAGCUCUUCAGCAGAACUAAUUGUAGACGAUCCUAAAGUCAAACCCAUUACAACCCUUGCAUCACAAGCCAAUGAACAAUUCUGGAGUCGGUGGAAAAGAGAAUACCUCAUGAGUGUUUCCACAAGACAGAAAUGGCACACACCUCGACGUAACCUCAAAGUAAAUGACAUUGUCAUAAUCAAAGAUGAUAUGUCUCCCAGAUGCCAGUGGCAACUAGGACGUGUAAUUGAAACUACAAUAGAAAAGGAUGAUCUAGUUCGUCGAGUCAAGGUGUUAGUAGGUGACAGAAGAUUGCAAGAUAAGAAGGACUAUGUAUCAAAACCUUCAAUUAUUGAACGUCCUAUUCAAAAGCUAGUAGUCCUCAUAGAAAGCAAAUAAGUUCAGUUUUAGUGAUACACUAGCAUACCACCACACAAGACAGUAGCCAGUCACAGAGGUACCUAUAAGCUAAAUUGUGUAUGAUGUACCAUGUUUUAUAGCGGCCAAGGUUAUGUUCUGUAAAUUAUGUAUGACUUUUAGGUUAUGUUCAUCAUAACAUAAUUUGGUGGGAGUGUAACUGUCCGCUUAUCAUUGUGGAUCUAGUUCAGCACUUACUGCUGGGUGGAACAUUUCUGCCUCCCUUUGGUUCCCUGGGGAAUGUUUUGAUCAGCAGGAUUACAAGACCACUCCUUCUUCCUGUCUUAGAAAGAAAGCCUUUUCCUGUAUCUCAGAUGCCACAUGUUAGCUGUCUGCAUAGGAUUUCAUGGAAGAUGUCUGCAGAAAAUCCCUAAAGCUUAAAGUUUGUACCCCCCUUGGCAAGUGGAUCGAGUUUUCACGGUGCUAUGGUGCUAUGGUGCUAUGGUGCUAUGGUGCUAUGGUGCUUACGAUAUUCAUGUUUACGGUGCUCAAGGAGAUAAAGAAAAUAAUAUUCAACCCUGCUGCGCACCUUUGUUCCGAAAGAAUAAAACUACUGCACCCGUCAGAA